AAGACAACGCUCACUUUCUUUAUUUACCCUCGCGGUUUCGCCCCCUUCGGAUGGAUGAGCUGGAGUCCAGAUGACCAGUGCGGGAGGGAGCGGCAGGUGUCGGUCCGUCAGCGCGGAUAAUGAGCUGAGAGGUCUUUGUGCGUCACGGUGCGCUCCGGACUCUCCUCCCUGCGCUGUCAGAUGUUCAGAUGCUCAGCAUGUGAUGCUCCGUCCGCACCCGCUCAGUCUGGACCAAACACUCACCAGAUCUGCUCCGUGGAUAUGCUCAUUUAUCUCUCCGUAUAUCAUCCGACAACCGCGUUCAUUUUAAUCGGAGGACAUCGCUGCAAAAAAUACCCAUACGAUCUGGAACCAAGUACUGGACCCUUCAUCAGGCUCUUCCUCAUAGCUUCAUCCAUUCAUCUCUUCUCCCCACUCCUCUCCUGUCUGUAAUCUCUCUCCUCCUCUCAGUCCUCUCUUCUUUUCCUUUUUUCUCUCUCUGUCCGUCCCCGCUCCCCUUCCCGGACCCCCCAGCCUCCCGGAUGCCUAAGACCAGCAAGGUGGUGCAGCGAGAGCAGAGCCAUGAGCACGUCACGGAGUCGGUGGCCGACCUGCUCGCCCACGAGGAGCCUCUCGACUACAAGAGCAGCUCCCUGAAUGUGGGAGCGGCCGCAGGGAAGAAGAUCCCUCAGAUAGAAGUUCCCGAGAGCGACGGCCGGCCGGCGUGGAACAGCAAGCUGCAGUACAUCCUGGCCCAGGUGGGCUUCUCCGUGGGGCUCGGAAACGUCUGGCGAUUCCCGUACCUCUGCCAGAAGAACGGAGGAGGUGCAUAUCUGGUCCCUUAUUUCAUCCUCCUCCUCAUCAUCGGCAUCCCGCUCUUCUUCUUGGAACUGGCUGUGGGUCAGAAGAUAAGACGUGGGAGCAUCGGAGUCUGGAACUACGUCUGUCCGCGUCUCGGUGGGAUUGGGAUGUCAAGUCUGAUGGUUUGCGGUUUUGUGGGUCUCUACUACAACGUCAUCAUUGGUUGGAGCAUCUUCUACUUUUUCCAGUCCUUCCAGUUCCCUCUGCCGUGGAGCGACUGUCCGAUUAGAAAAAAUGGGACAAUAGCCAUUGUGGAGCCGGAGUGUGACAAAAGCUCAGCCACUACAUAUUUCUGGUACCGGCAGACUCUGAACACGACCAGCACCAUCGCAGAGAGCGGCGGCCUCAACAUCAAAAUGACCUUAUCUCUGCUGGUGGCCUGGAUAAUUGUCUGCCUUGCCGUCAUUAAAGGAAUCGCCUCUUCUGGGAAGGUGAUGUACUUCAGCUCCCUUUUCCCCUAUGUGGUGCUCUUCUGCUUCCUGGUCAGAGGUUUAAUGCUCAAAGGAUCAGUAGAUGGGAUCGCUCACAUGUUUACUCCAAAGCUGGAGAAGAUGCUGGAGCCGCAGGUUUGGAGGGAAGCGGCCACCCAGGUGUUCUUUGCUCUGGGUUUGGGGUUCGGAGGCGUCAUAGCUUUCUCCAGUUACAACAAGAUUGACAACAACUGCCACUUCGACGCCGUGCUCGUCUCCUUCAUCAACUUCUUCACCUCGAUUCUGGCCACGCUGGUGGUGUUCGCCGUGCUGGGCUUCAAGGCCAACAUCAUGAAUGAGAAAUGUGUCGCAGAAAAUGGAGAAAAGAUCCUGGGAUACCUCAACUCCAACGUCCUGAGUCACGAUCUCAUUCCUCCUCACGUGAACUUUUCCCAUCUCACCCCAUCAGACUACGCUGACGUGUACAGCAUCAUCAAGACGGUAAAGGAGGACGGCUUUGCCCAGCUGGGUCUGGAGCCCUGCUUGCUGGAGGACGAGCUCAACAAGGCAGUUCAGGGCACCGGCCUGGCCUUCAUCGCCUUCACGGAGGCCAUGACCCAUUUCCCAGCAUCCCCUUUCUGGUCUGUAAUGUUCUUUUUCAUGCUAAUCAACCUUGGCUUGGGCAGCAUGAUUGGCACCAUGACUGGCAUCACCACACCCGUCCUUGACGCCUACAAAGUUCAGAAAGAGCUUCUGACAGUGGGCUGCUGCAUCGUGGCCUUCUUCUGUGGGCUGUUGUUUGUUCAGCGUUCAGGAAAUUAUUUCGUCACCAUGUUUGACGAUUACUCAGCUGGUUUGCCCCUCACUGUUGUAGUGAUCCUGGAAAAUGUUUCUGUCGCUUGGAUUUACGGCACCAAACGCUUCAUGCAAGACCUGGAGGACAUGUUGGGUUUUCGACCGUCUAUAAUCUACUUCUACCUGUGGAAGUACGUCUCUCCUCUUUGUCUCAUCGUCCUCAUCUCGGCCACAGUCAUAGAGAUGGCCAUCAGCCCACCUGGAUACAACGCCUGGGUUGAAGACCUGGCUCAGGAACGUUUCCAGAGUUACCCUCCCUGGGCUCUGGCCAUGUGCUUCGCUCUCAUCGUAGUGGCCAUGCUUCCUCUCCCAAUCGUCUUCAUCGCACGCCACUUCAACUUGAUGUCAGACGGCUCCAACAAGCUGUCUGUCUCCUACCGUAAAACCAUGAUGAAAGACAUCUCCAACCUUGAGGAGCAGGACGAGGCAAGAUUCAUCCUCGGGGCCAAGCCCGGCGACACGCCGUUGUCAGGCGUAGCCCGCAAACCCUACGUCACCCCUGCAGGGAACAAAUCUGUGGAUCCCAACUCUCUGUCUCCAAACGUCUGCUACGGCACGAGCUACCAAAACGCUGCGAUAAGUCCCACGACACCAACGCCACCCACACCUCUCACGCCUCUCACACCAGAGUCAGACUCUUGACUUUCCUCUUACUAAAAUCAAUCCAAUGCAGUUCAGUUUCCAGCCUUUUCCCUUAUUCCCUUAUAUUACAAAACCUUUCAAAACAAUGUUUUGAAGCGUGUACAACACAGAAAAUUUAAGUGGUCGCCUAGUUUUUCUGUAGAGUACACACUUCAAAACACAGUUGUUGUUGUUGUUUUUUUGGCUUUUUGUGAUCAGAUUGAAGCCAUACACUGGGUAAAACAAGGUAUUGUUAGUCCAAUAUGCAGUGAGUCUGAAAUGAACACACACAAAAAGCAUCUAAAAAAAAAAACUACAUUUAGUGUUUUGAAUGUGUUUCUGUGUGAUAUUUAUACAAGGCUGCUGUAAAGAUUACAAAUCUGUUCCAUUCAGACCCAAAGUUAACCACCUUCAGGAUUUUAUGUAGCGACCUUUGAUCAGUCUGUAAAUAUUGAUGUACAGUUAGUUAUAGAAGCCUGUAGAUUUGACUAUGUGGAGAUUAAAGCACUGAUGUCAUUCUCCAUCACACACACACCUACACACACACACACGUUACACGUUAUGUAGAAGUUAAUCGUUUUAGAUUCUUCACCAAAGAGUGAAAACAAACAAAACACUUGAAUUCAGGCAAAGAAUGUGAGACUCACAUGUGUGGAGUUGGAGUAAAAGUUUAUUUUAUUGGUUUUAUUUUAUACUCAUGAGUCUGGAACACAAACCUGUAUGGUAUGUUUCAUAUGUGUGGAAGGCACCAGAUAUUCCUGCUAAUUUAAAGCUAAUCUGAAGUCGAAUCUGUUUGAUUGAUGCUACAAAAGCACAUGUGUAUUUUUACAAUUUAUGUGCACAAGUCACAGAUUGUAAUUGCUUUAUUGGUACAAAGAUGCACAAUUCAAAAUGUACUUCUAUAACUAACAACAUCUGUCUUUCCAUUUCCUGGCUUCCCUGGUAGCGAUGUGUGAAAAGCUACAAAAUGUUUAAAUCUCUAUUGUAGCAGCUUGAUUUUACUAAAAAAAAUUCUUUGACAAAAUAAUUCUUCAGUUCCUGUAAACUUAUUCAGUGUGUGCAAAAACAUUACCACUAGAAAACAAUUGUUUUUAAUAAAAUAGUGUUUUUUGCAAUAAAUUUAUUGAUCAAAGUGUCCAAAAACUUUAAUUUCAAUAUAAAUUUGACAUGACACAGAAGUGUUGUGAUUUGUAGUUGGACCCAAAUGCAAACCUCAAAGUGGCAGCAUCACAGUGAUGGUUAUUGAGUUAAUUAAAGAAAAAAUAUAUAAAAAAAAAACAAGAGAACCAAGAAAAAGAGUAAAAGCAGUAAAAACAUGAUGGCAAUCAGGAGAAUCUGAGCGGUUUUUCACCAUGGAGGGUUUAUGAAUGAUGCCAAAACCAGGUGUGACGAAUCAGGAGAAUGUGAUGCAGCUGAGAGUAAAACCUGGUUAUAUAAACUGAGAGACCGUGACUAAUGAAUAGAGAAAUAAACACAGGAAGCUGAAUAAGAGCACAAAGUGAUCUACUAAGCACAUGAUAUGAAUCUAAACCAACAUACAGAGAGCAGAACACAAGAAAAAAAUAAGAAACUAAAAUUAAAGGAAUUAACUAAAUGCAGAAGAACCUUAGUGAAACAUCAGGUAGAAAUAAAUAGUAUUACAGAGGUUGCCAAGUCUCCAUAACAGCUGUUUAUUUUAAGGCUUUAGUACUCAUGUUUUCCAGGCAGGCCAGUGUCUGGAAAGUCCUGUAUGUCCCAAACAGUACAGAGGCCGAAUGUGAACAGAAAAAUAAAAGCACAAACUAAAAAUGACAAAACAUAAUGAACAAUAUUGACAAAAAUGGACCAAAAGACAGAGGAAACUGCGAUGUUAAAGCCCAAAUAACAUUAACCUGUCAGCUAAUAGCAUGCACUGCAGAAAGCCUUAGACAGUUCAGCUGCACAGCCAUUACAAGCACCAACAUGCAGUCUUCUGUAUAUUUGUAGAAAACUAAACCUGUUUAGUAUAAUUACAUUUAGGUACAGUUGUGACCAUUGUACUGAUGUUAAAAUGUUACAUUUUUUUCUACAUUAAUUAAUUGUUAAAAUAAAGCGCAUCUUUGUUCAUGUUGCACAUUUAUUUAUUUUUCUAUUACAAUAUUCAAAGCACAGAUGUUGAAUUAUAAAUGAACUAUUUAUUUUAUUAUGCUGUAUAUUUGCUGUUAUAUUUGAGCAACGAUGAACAGAGAUGAGAACAUGAAAUAUAUAUUUUCAUUUUCUUUGAGGCUUCUGUGUAUUUAAGCAUUUGUCCGUGUUAUUUUUGGUGUUGCUUGUUGUUAUUAGCUCUGAAAAUGCUGCUGGAUAUUAACGCUGUUGAGGUUUCGUCACAUUACGGAGGGCUGUGUGAGGCACCGAUAUUCACCACUUGCCCACAGGGUUUCAGCCACGCAAGCAGUCAAAAAGUCUCAAAAAAAUUAAGUCAUUUCUAAAUUUUAACUCAAUUAUCUCAGUAGCAAAGAAGCCUUUGGAGUAGGAGUGAGGAAACAUGUUGGUUAAUGUUCCUGUGAAUUUACAAUUAUAUGAACAAGAUUAUUCUUGAUGUUGCUGUCAAACACAUUCAAGUUAAGCAUAGAUGAAUUAAUUUGAGAAAAGUAAAACUAUUUAUGCAUUUAGUGUGCAAAUUAGCUAAAUUAGAUCUAAUGGAGCAGAGCUUAGGCCAACAGAUCGCAGCACAAGGUUUUUGAUAUUAACUGCAUUAUUAUUAUUAUUUCCUCUUUUUUUUAAGUGACUUUGGAGAAACCGGUCUGCCAAAUUCAUAAACGUACAUACAUCUCACACUAUGCAAACUCUUUAUUCAUAUUUUCAUUCAGACUAAUUUGGCAAAAAUAAAAAAAACAUCAAGGAAAGUAAAGUACUUGGUGCUGAUGGAGAAGGACACUGUGAAUUCCUCCUCGGUUAUCUUGGUAAACACGCACCAUCCAGAACGGGUGCUAUUAAUUUCACGCACAUUUUGACCAGGUGUUAUUCAAUACACCGGCAUGGUUAGACAGGAAACUGGAAGGACAGCAGCUUCAGAAAUAUGUUUUGUUUUUACGCCUCCAAUGCUUAAAAAUUCACAUCGACUGCUCUUUUAUGACACCCAGCGGCUCUUCAGAGUAUUGCAUGUAGGGUCUUUACCUCUUAGCUCCGUAUUCAAUGCUUCUCUUUAGCCUGACUAAAUCUUUCUUGUUCUAAAAUAUUGUUCUCAUUCAGAUCCAAGGAGAAUCGACACCUUCAUAAGGAAGAUUUUGUCUUUUUGUUUGACUCUGAGUUAUUCUCUACUAUCUCAAUUCUCAAAAUCUUGGGUAAUAUUGUUUUCCAAAACUAAUCCGAGUAAGAGUAAUGUGACAGAGGGGUUCUUUCUCAGCAGGUAUUGAAAUGUUCUGCUACCUAGUGGCGGGCCAAGAAA